UCUGAAGCGUGAUUACUUCCGUCUCCCUGCUCAGGCCAUGGUUUCGGUGAAGUGCUCUCCGUAUCACAUCGCAGAUAAAUGUGUUCUUAUGGGAGACGCUGCACAUGCCGUGGUCCCAUUCUACGGGCAGGGCAUGAAUGCAGGCUUCGAGGACUGCAUUGUGUUUGAUGAAAUUAUGGACCAGUUUAACAAUGAUUUCAGUGCAGUUCUUUCAGAGUACACCAGAGUAAGAGUUCCAGAUGAUCACGCCAUCGCAGACCUGGCCAUGUACAACUACAUUGAGAUGAGAGCUCAUGUCAACUCCAAGUGGUUCCUUUUCAGAAAAUAUGUGGAUAACUUCCUGCACUUCCUCAUGCCCCGAACCAUAGUCCCACUCUAUACAAUGGUGACAUUCACAAGGACAAGAUACCAUCAAGCUGUGGAACGCUGGCAAUGGCAAAACAAAGUAAUAAACCGUGGCCUCCUUUUCUGUAGUUCUGGUGCAGUCUUGGGGGGAUCUUACCUGCUCUUUAAAAACCCUCCAAACAUCGAUAAAAUCCACAUUGGCAUCGAGAAAAUGUGGAACAGACUCCUCUCCAUCAGGACCUCCUGAAAUCUGGCAGCCAUUUUGUGAACCAUGAUUUUAAUUAGAGCUUAAUCAUACAUCCAUCCAUUUUCUUCCGCUUAUCCAGGGCCGGGUCGCGGGGGCAGCAGUCUAAGCAGGGACUCCCAGACUUUCCUCACACAUCCUCCAGCUCCUCCGAUGGGACCAAUGUUCCCUCUAAUUUUUCACGAGUCUGAGCAAACACACAAACUCCCUGAGCGUCCCAUGGACGACUGUGAGCGACAUCAGACGUGCGCACUGUGGUCAUGCUGCAUCGCAUCCAUCCAAGUUAAAUAGUUUAUUAAAAGAAUCAAAUUACCGCAUUUACAUUUCUGCUAUAAGACUUUUAAUUAAGUGCUUUAGCCACUUAUACAAUGAAAAUGACAAAAAUUUUGCUCAUGACCUGUGCAGUAUAUUAAUGCUAUUGGAAGUAUAAAUAUUUAAUUUUAACUAUGGCAAAACAUGAGCUUCCAACCAAACCAAGACAACUGUAAACUCCAAUGUUGAAAACACACUUAACAUUUUUAUGAUAAAGCUCUGACUUGUAUUAUGAGUAU